AUGGAGUCACUUUCUGCAAUACUGUUCCGUUCGGGCCGGAUACUCGGCCGAAGUUGCGUCCAGACGCAGCUGAGAAGUCAGUUCCAACGACCAGCCGGCCCCAGGGCAUUUUAUUCCACCACCAUCGCCACAAGCCAGUCACCAGCCGUGACAAAUCUGUUAGCACCCAGUCUGUCAUACAGCCAAAAGCCCGACCAUGUGGCGCUCGUGGCUCAACGACUCGAAGCGGACGGUAUCCUGAAGAUCACCCUUGGCUUCCAAGACGACGAGAGCCAGUACCUCGAGAAGCUCAUCCGGAGCCUCCACGCCCGCCACGGCCACCAGCUGCCCAUUGCGCACAGCGCGACCCGCGGCUGGUUCUGGGACGUGCGGCCGAGCCGAGCCAGCUUCCAGACGGCGAACCACCAGGCGCGGUCCGAGACCAUGGAGGACUUUCCCUGGCACACCGACUGCAGCUACGAGUACCCGCCGCCUCGCUUCUUCGCGCUGCAGGUUCUGCAGCCGGACCGCCGCGGCGGGGGCACGCUCUCCGUCAUGAGCGCGGCACGGCUCGGCGAGCACCUCGACGGCGCGACGCUCGCGACGCUGAUGCGGCCGAGCUUCCGCAUCGCCAUCCCGACCGAGUUUGUAAAGGACCCGGCGGCGCGGCCGUGGAUCCGCGGCCGCCUGAUUGUGGCCGAUCCCAGGAGCGGUGGCGCGCCAGUCCUGAUGAUUCGCUUCCGCGAAGACAUCGUGACGCCGCUCGAUGCCGAGGCCGCGGCCGCACUCGACAGGCUCAGGACGGCGCUGCGGCAUCUCGCUGCGCAGGACCACUCGACGCUCCACCUCUCGCCAGAGGACCUGCCGGCGCGGAGCAUCAUCCUCAUCGACAACAGGCGGUGGCUGCAUGCGCGCAACAGGGUCGCGGACCCAGAGAGGCAUCUGCGCAGGGUGCGCUGGGACGCGGCCCCGAUUUCUGGGCUCGAGGACGAGGAGAGGAGUGAAGUAACGUCAUCUGCGGAGGCCGCCGCAGCUUGA